CGCAAUGCCGCCAUCUUUGGGGUGCGGGUAACAUAUUCAUUUAACAUAUUAUUCCUGUUUUUCUCUGAUAAAAUCACAUACAAUUAUAAUGAUGCUCACAUCUGCUGAGAAAUAUAGUUUCCUGUCGCUCGUGAAAGUGGUGAUUAGUUGCUCCCUUUGAGGAACUUUGGAGGGUAAGGACUCCAAAGGACAUCUAUCUCUUACAACACAAACGGGAGAAGCUGGCAAUAAAUCAAGUGCACCAAUACGUUUGUUGACGUCACGUGUUGCUGCUAGUGCUUUCACCGCGGGUUUUGAUGGUUGACUGCUUACCUGGAACAUUGCUCAGCUACAGACAGUGAGAGAUGCCGCCAAAGACGAGGUCCAGAGUGAGCAAAAGAACAGCAGAUUCAGGCAAAGUCAAUGAUGACGCUGACGAAAUGGUUGGAGGCAAGAAGAAAGCUGCAGCUUCUGUUGAGCCGUUAAAAACUAAAGACAGCUCAGAACCUCCGCAGUACUGUCGCUGGCUGAUGAAAUCUGAGCCCGAGAGCCGCUUUGAGAAGGAGAUUGACCUGAAGUUUGGGAUCGAGGAACUGAAGGCUUUGCCUGAUCAGACUGGCUGCUGGGACGGAGUGCGCAAUUAUCAGGCACGCAACUUUAUGAGGCAGAUGAAAGACGGGCAGUUGGCUUUCUUUUAUCACAGCAACUGCAAGGAUCCGGGGAUAGCAGGAAUCAUGAAAAUUGUAAAGGAAGCUUAUGUGGACCACACUCAGUUUGACAAGAAAGAUAUCCAUUUUGAUGCCAACAGUAAAGCAGACAACCCCAAAUGGAGCAUGGUAGACGUCCAAUAUCAAAGAAUGGUAAAGCGUUAUAUUCCUCUGUCUGAGCUGAAGAAGUACCACCUGCAGCACCGAGCCAAGGGAGGGCCUCUGAAGGACAUGGGACUUUUCACCAGAGCCAGGCUCUCUGUGCAGCCCCUAACCACUGAGGAGUUUGAGUUUAUCCUGACUUUGGAGGAUAAGGAGCCUUUGUGAGGAUUUGGACCAGAUGACAUCAUGAAGCAGCAUACACAGCACUGUUUAUCUUUUUUUUUCUGAAGUAAUAAAUGUAUUGUCAAAUUAUGGCUAUUAUCCAGAUUUGACACACACAGCAUACAAAGCCUUAGAAUUGAAAGAAAACAGCAGCAGUAUAUAAGCUUGUAAUGUUUUUAGGGUUGCCCUUUGCUCAAAGAACGGCUCCGAGCCUUCUUUUAUUGCCAUAAUUCAAUUUGUGUAUAGAAGCAAAGUUCUAUUUCACAGUCUGCACUAUGCCCAACUGUCAUGUGGGGUUUUCACUAUAUGGUCCAUCAUUUCCCACCCUGUCUGUUAAGGUUUAUCAUGUUGCAAACACUUACAUUCCUGGAAAACAACAAAGUCUGAGAUCGGUUUUUUUCUUCCAUUUGGCAUCAGUUUAUUUCACUUCAGGGACAAGGAAUACUUGAUUAGCAUUUUGCAAAAGAUAGAUAGUUCUACUGCAACUCUUUCUCUGGUUAAAAGACUAAACGUAUGUUAAAGAGGCAGGAGGAUUUCAUUUGCUUGGUACACAUAGGCACAACUUUCAAGUCUAAUGAAGAUAUUACAGAGGAUUUCAUACUAUCAGACCUUAAUACAAACACUCUUUCCUAACACCACUGGAAUGCUGAUGCAAAGCACAUGAACAUGAAUGGUCACUCUGUGGCACCAUGUAAUGUAUAAUCAAAGUACACAAGCUGGAACAGGAUAAAAGGUUUUAGCUGGUCGUAUUU